GGGAGGAGGCAUCUCCUGUUGCCGCGGUAACCGUGCAGCUCACCCGUGUCCCCCCUUCAGCCAAAUGCCUAGUGAUGAGCGAGUCCCCGGAUGAAGAAGAAUUGGAGGAGGGGACAUGCCUUUCCAUGACAAUGUUUACUACCCCUUUGAGCAGGAUGUGGCUCAGGUCUCUACGAUGCUAAAUGCACCUUGGAUGUCCCAUCCUUUCCUUUCUCCUGGCAGGAUGCCUUCUUCUAAUCAUGGUACACUUUUCAAGUUCCGGCCACGCCAUGAAAGUGUGGACUGGAGAAGAAUUGGAGCUAUCGAUGUGGACAGAGUAGCCAACGAGCUGGAUUUUCUAACUCUUCAAGACAACAUUAUGGGCGUUACUUUUUGCAAUGUGGAAAAUGAGAAGUGCCCGCACUGUCACAGCAGCCUGGAUCCAGUAUUGAUUAAACUGAUCAGACUCACUCAGUUCACCAUUGAAUAUUUGCUGCAUUCCCAGGAGUACCUCACUUCUAACCUACAGACAUUGGAAGAGAAGGCCCGUGCAGCCAAGAAUGAGUGUGAACAGCUACAGGUAAAGAUAACCAAGCAGAGCACAGAAAUAAAGGCACUCAAAGAUGAAUGCAAGCUGAGGAAGAAGAUGAUUGCUGCACAGCAAAUGAUGAUCAGUGCUAGCACCGGGCCCUGCCACAAGUGCCAACAUUGUGAGAAGUCUUUUGUAAACUAUUCGUAUUUAGAAGGUCACAUAAAGAGGAGGCAUGCUGAAGAUACUUCUUUAGUAUUCAGCGCUGAGCAAAGUCCACAGCAUUAUGAUAACUUGCACUAUGAAAUAAACUGUCUGAAAGAAGAACUACAGUUUACCAAAAAGCAGCUGGAGACCGAUAAAGCAACUCAUCUGGAGAAACUCUCUCAGCUACAGGAAAGUGAGCAUAGGAAAACAAUGGAGUUGGAAGUUUUGAAAAAGUUUGACAAGUGGAAAGCAGAAGAAAGAGAAAAUUUUGAAGAAGAAAUGAGAAAAGUGAAAGAAAUGUUUAUGAAGGAGCUUAAAGAAGUGACUGAUAAGAACUCUUCUCUGGAGAAUGAGCUGAUUGAAUUGAACAGACAGAGCCAGCAAAGAAGGUCUGGAUUAGGCAGUCUAGAAGAAAGCCCUCAGAUUGACCCAGGGCAGGGAAAGUCAAACUAUCAUUGUGACACUGAAAAUAUUAAGGAACUCUUAGAAAAUCAGGAAGAAAAGUGGAGAAAUCACAUCCAGGAACUUAAACAGGAGUAUGACCGAGAAAAGAACCAGACCAUCCAGUUACUUCGGCAGGAACAUGAUCGGGAAAAGAACCGAGUCAAACAGUUGCUACAGCAAGAUUUUGAUCGGGAAAAGAACCAGAUUGUACAACAGCUUCAGCAAGAGUGUGAGAGGGAAAAGAAUGAGAAGAACCAGAUUAAAGAAUUAUUGACAAAACCACCCCCGGCUGUUAAAAAAUCUUCUGAGCCAACAACCGGGCAAUCAUCACACAAUGUUGAAAGAAAACAUUCUGCCACUGCCUUCUCCACUAGAGACUUGGAAGCCGACGGACAAGGCACCAUCAAGUACCAUGUGAGACACGAGGUGAAGAAUGACCAUUCGUUAAAGAAAGCCAUUCGGAAGGUCAUUGAACAAGAUCUAGAAGAGAAGUUGGAAGUCCUCGGAUUUAAAGUGGGUGUGCGUGGGAUCCCCAGUGACAAGUUCCAAAAAUUAAUGGAUACAAGGAACAGUAACAGACACAUGAAAGAGAAAACAUUUCCAGGGCUCCAGAAAAUCUAUGAAAAGUUUUCAAAGCACGUGACUCAAAAAGCAGAGGAGCAGUUAUCUUCAUCUUUCAAAUGUGCUUCUACAAGCCAGCCUUUUACUGAUGCUAAAUCUUUAACUUGGGGAAGCACAUCAUCUUUUUCACCACUUAGACAGCGGAAACCAAAAACAUCAAUAGUAAAAUCUUCUCAAGAAGAACUACACGCCGAACCAAGAUAUCCGGUUCCUAUAAAGAGUUCUACACCAAAGGUUAAGUUGGUUUCCUCAAAAGAAAUUUCUGUUACCAAACCAUCGAGCAUUACGACACCUCCAUUCAGUUCUGAUGAUGAGUCUGAAUCUAGCGACAUGCCUUUGCCAUCUUACAAACGGCCUGACUCUUUGAGAACUAACAGUAAAUAUAACGUUGGGUUUGUGGACAAUGAAAGUGAAUCAGAUGGGAGUUUGUUGGAAGAAGUUAGGCCUCAGCCAGCCUAUAGAAGCAAUGGCCUAUUCCAAGCUCCACCUAAACCAGCGAGAGCAACACAAGUAAAAGAACUAGUCCAGCAGUCAUCAGGUUCAGCCAAUCUCAAACCAGGUGCUGGAGAUGUACCCCGGACAUUUGUAAAAAAAGACCCAGUUAUGGAGCUUAAGCUUACUGACAUUGAUGACACCGAAUUAGACAGUUCAUAUUUAGAGGAUGAACCUUAUGAAGUACCACGAUCUGUGCAAAAACGCCAGGAGACCGCAGUCAACAGGAAGGAGGUUCAGACGGCUUCUGUUAAACAUGCUGGUGGUGUUAUAAAACCAUAUAAAGCAGAUGCUCGUGAAGCCGAUACAUCCAGCACUCUUGUCAGCAGUUUAGUCACUGUGAGCGACUUCAGUGACACCUCUGAUAUCUAGUAAUGUCUUAUUUAUCAGUGAUAUACAGUAUAUCAUUAUCAUGAUACAUUCUCAAGUGCCUUGGGAGUUUGCACUGCCUGGAAAAUCUUCAGGGUUUACAUUUGUAUUAUUUGUAUGUUUGUAUGUUAUUUUAUACUGUGGAGAGUCUGAGUACCAUUGACCUAAUCAGUGGGAGCAGAUGGAGUGCUGCGCUCUAUUUAUGUCUUUUCUAUGACGUUUUUCUUAUAAUGUUUAAAAAUCUGUUUUUCUACGGUACAAUGUAUUUCUACAAGCACUUAAUGACCUCUUGUUUCUUUUCUCUACAGCAAGGUAUUUCAGUGAAAUCUGUUACUCUAAAGA